CCCCUGCAAAACAGAAUCAGAGCGAGUUAGAAACUAUCUGUUUGCUACUUUCAGUUUUUCAAUCAACCUAGGAUUCAUUUUAGGACCAGGUUUUGCAGUAAUUGUGGCACAGUUUGAGUCAGUGGAUCAGUUCAGGGCGAUGGGAUGGUUCAACUUUGCCUACGGUGUAGUUGUUUUGUGUGUAUUGGUGAUAUUGUUUCAGGGAGAAAUGAGUUUCAAAACUGACAGAUUGAGUUAUUGUCAAGUUAAGAAAAAGAAUUCUAGCUGUCGAAUGCAGAAUAUGAGUCUACUGUCACUUUUCAUAUCCUUUCGAAUACGUAAAUAUAAUUAUCUUUAAGAGCAUGUAUCUCAUUAUGAAGUUCCUUAACUAUGUCUAUACAUAAUAAUUUCAUUUCUCUUCUUGUUUAUAAUGGAAAGGAUCCGAAUGGCCUUUAUUGGAACUGUAUUCAACCCCAUUGCCAGUGAUUCGUUUGGAAUUGAUGAGAGUGGUGCCUCGUACUUUGUCUUAGCUCUGUGUAUUCCUCAACUGGGAGGAUCAAUUUCAUUACUUGUUUUUCAAAGACUAAAGAUGUCGAGCCAGAUGAUUGUCCUGACAGGCAUCAUUACUACAAUGUGUGGAUAUUUAAUUGUGACUGAUUGGCAGACGAUUCCCUACGAUCCGUGCACAGAGUACAGUCCCUUUCAUCAUCCUGAAAUUGUCCAAUAUUAUGAAAAUAAUACGAUCAUUGUAGGCAGGUUUCAAGAAAAAAAUAUUGAAUCACAUGUUGACUUCACUUUGCCCAAACUGAAAGGAGUCAAGCUUUUGCACAAAAUUAACCUCAUAUUUGCGAAUGGUACAUCUUUUGAGUCGGACUUAAGGAUUAACUUCCAUUGCAGUCAUGUUGACAAUUGUACGUGUGCUCUAAAGAAUCCUACCUGUUUGCAUUACAAAAUGGCUGAAAAUCUAAGCAUUCUACUGGCUACAAGCCCCGAGAAUCUAUAUUAUUACGAAUGUAAUUCUGACUUCAACCUGAGAUUACCAAUCACAGCAUGUAUCACUUUAUUAAGACGUCAAACAGUACUGGCAGGUAAUAAAGCAACAACUCCUGUAGAUGAACAUGAAUCUGAAAUUGAAAGUAUCAAUGUACUACCAAAAAGAGUAUACUUCAUAGCCCGAAACACUUGCAUUGAGGCGAAUGUGACUGGUCACCGGUGUCACUGGAUACCCUCGUCCACAAUCAUCAAGAAGGAGUGUAAAGACUGUCAGCCCAUCUGUAGGAGCAUGAGCCAGACACUCACUUUCACUCAGUUUCUGGUUGGCAAUGGACUGUUGGUUUACACCAGUGCACUCCAGUAUGCUCCAAUCGUAUCAUUACUCAUGAACCAAACACCAAAACAAAUCCAGGGAAUAGUGAUUGGAACUAUGACGGCUGUGGGCGGUGUAUCAUCAAGUAUAUCUCCUCUACUGAUCGAUGCUGUGUACGAAGAGAUGAAGAAAAGAGUGUUUUUGCUAACUAUACUGUUUGCUCUAGUACACUUUCCCUUUAUCCUUGAGAUUAUUGCACUCUACCCAAAACUGGGACCAAGAACUACGGACAACACAGACAUUGAAUACAGCAAACUGAAUGAAUUAGAACAUGAUCAUGAUUGAUAUAUUACUCUGUACGUAGGAAAAUGAUUGAUACAUAUUACUCUGUAUGUAGGAAAAUGCCACUUGCAUGGAUGUUAUAGUGUAUUAAAAUCGUGUGGAAAUGUUGUUAUAAUAUAAUUAUCCAGAAUCUAUUUGCUUAUUCACUUUCUGAGAUUUUGAUCUACUCAAUCUGUAUCACAGAUUCAACUGCUUGUGUGUCUUAAUAGACAAACGUAAUAUUAUCACAGCCAUUCCUUAUAAGGAA